AUGGGCGUCGAAGAGCUAAGCAGUCUACAAGCCUUCCGGUCUGCCGUUGCAGACAACAUGCUGGUGCUGGUCGACGCGUACGCAGACUGGUGUGGCCCAUGCAAGGCCGUUGCUCCCAAGGUGGAGCUGUUCAGCAACCAGUACGCCAAUAUCAAAUUCUUCAAGGUCAACGUCGACAAAGUCCCCGAUGUUGCACAGGAGUUGGGAGUGUCGUCCAUGCCCAGUUUCUAUCUCUUCCGAGGGGGCGACUAUGUGGAUAAGGUGGUCGGCGCCAAUCCGGGGCUGCUCGAGACCUCCAUCAAGAGACAUGCAGAGACGGGGGCCCAAGGCUAA